AUUAGAAUGUAGGCUAAUCUAUAACAAUAACACGCCGUUGGCAUACACAGUUUUCUGAAACCCUGUUAUAAUCAGCGUAGCCUAUAAUCGGAGGUGCAUGAGCAAAGAAGUGGCUCAGCGCUACUUCUUUGGCUACACAAAAUCUUUCCCAGUAACCUAUGUGAUAUGGAUGUAUUGUGUUUUGCGGUGCUUUGUGUCUUGGGGUGAAAUGCAGUUGUGUGAUGGGUGAAAUUAUCUCAAAGCAAUGACAUCUGCAUUCUCACACUCGCUUGAGUUGAGGCAACUAGCGCAGGAGAUCCGCAUUACGUCAUUGAUGGAGGCCACACAUUCGAGGCAAAUGAGAGACUCGCGCUAGCUGAAUUACCUUCCAACGACACAGCCACCAACACACAUGCAUUGUAUCUCUGGAAAAUGACAUGGAACAGUUGAAUUGUAGAACUAAUGCUUAAUGGCAUACAUGGAUGCUGACACCACGAUUUCUGGGUGUAAACAAAUUUCCCUGACAUGCUUCGAAAGCUUGAAUGACUGAGGAGUGUGGAGUGAGGAGUGAGAACAUGGCAGACAGAAGACAGCUGUUUGCAGAGAUGCGUGCACAAGAGUUCGACUCCAUUAGGUUAUCAACCUACAGAACAGCUUGUAAACUCAGAUUCAUCCAGAAAAAAUGCAAUCUACACUUGGUUGACAUAUGGAAUGUCAUUGAGGCUUUCAGGGAGAACAGUCUCAACACCAUGGACCUCAACACAGAGUUCACUGUGGCUCGUUUAGAAGCAAUACUCUCCACCAUCUUCUACCAGUUGAACAAGCGAAUGCCCUCCACCCACCAGAUCAAUGUGGAACAGUCCAUUAACCUGCUGCUUAACUUCCUGUUAGCUGCUUAUGACCCGGAAGGCCUUGGAAAGAUCUCUGUCUUUGUUGUGAAGAUGGCUCUUUCAACAAUAUGUGGGGGAAAGAUUAUGGACAAAUUGAGAUAUAUUUUUUCACAGAUCUCGGACCCUGCUGGGAUAAUGGUCUACUCCCAGUUCGACCAGUUCUUGAGGGAGGUGCUCAAAUUACCCGUCACUGUUUUCGAAGGACCCUCCUUUGGCUACACAGAGCAAACCACACGAACCUGCUUUCCACAACAGAAACAGGUGUCUCUGAACACAUUCCUGGACACACUCAUGUCAGACCCACCUCCUCAGUGUCUAGUGUGGCUGCCGCUAAUGCAUCGCCUGGCAAAUGUGGAAAAUGUCUUUCACCCGGUCGAGUGCUCCUACUGCCACAGCGAGAGUAUGAUGGGCUUUCGCUAUCGCUGCCAGCGAUGUCAUAAUUACCAGCUCUGUCAGGACUGCUUCUGGAGGGGGCAUGCUAGUGGUUCCCAUAGCAACCAGCACCAAAUGAAGGAAUACACGUCAUGGAAAUCUCCUGCCAAGAAGUUUUCAAGUGCUCUCAGUAAGUCUCUGAGCUGCGCCUCUACCCGUGAGCCACUGCAUCCCAUGUUCCCGGACAUGCCUGAGAAACCGCUCAGCCUCGCCCGUAUCGUUGACACCUGGCCUCCGAGACCAAUGAACAGCAUGACAGACAUUAUGUUGUCUCAUUCGAUGCCCUCUACAGGACUCCCUUUCUCCAAUAAAAUCACAACAUGCAAUACAAUGCAGCAUAUAGGUCUUUCUUUGCAGUUAAACUACAGCCCUGAUUUUGCAGAUAAACUUACAGAUGAGCACAUACACAUUGGGCUGUAUGUCAGUCUACUGAAAAACAACCCAGCAUGUCUACUGGAGAACAGCAGCAAUAAUCAGGAUGACGAGCACAGUCUCAUUGCACGCUAUGCAUCCCGACUGGCCACCGACGGAACGCCAGUGCCACAGUCUAGGAUUCCCUCAGACAUCUCCUUCUCUUUGGAUGCCGCUAAGCAGCAGAGGCAGCUCAUUGCUGAGCUGGAGAGCAAAAACAGGGAGAUCCUCCAGGAGAUCCAGAGGCUCAGGCAGCAGCACGAGCAGGCCUCCAUGCUGCCCCCAGAUAAAGCCCAGCAGAGCCCCACCCUCCUGGCUGAGCUGCGGCUGCUCAGGCAGCGGAAAGACGAGCUGGAGCAGAGGAUGUCCGCCCUGCAGGAGAGUCGCAGGGAGCUCAUGGUGCAGCUGGAACAGCUCAUGAUGCUGCUGAAGACACAGGGCCCGGGCCCCUCCCCUCGCUCCUCCCCCAGUCACACGGCGAGCCGGCCCAUCCCCAUGCCAACGCAGGCCAGCUCGGCAGGCACCACACCCACCCAAACCCCUCAGGACUCGCUGAUGGGGGUGGGAGGGGAUGUGCAGGAGGCCUUUGCUCAGGGCUCUAGAAGGAAUUUGAGAAAUGAUCUCCUCAUUGCUGCUGAUUCCAUCACCAAUACCAUGUCAUCACUGGUCAAAGAACUGAACUCAGAGGCUGGGAGUGAAACAGAGAGUAACAUAGACUCAGAGGGGCGCCUACAAUUUGAGGACCCUGUCACCUCUCCAUCGUCAGAGGUCUACCUCGCACAUCUCAGCACCAGAAAACCAGGACACAUGAAUGCUGAGACAUAUGAGAAUGAUUUGGUCCAGGAGCUGGAGACCGAGUUAAAGAUGGAGGAGUUCCUGAAACAGAGGCCCGAUCCAGAGAAGGCCUACAUGGUUACAUCACAGGAGUGAACACGCUGGACCAACAGCACAACUGGUAGAAAAGACACAUGAAGAUGACCAGGAUUGCUACCAAGGAGGAGUGGCACAGAGAAGGGAGUUCUAACACUACUGAGUACAACCAUAGAGUCAUAAAUAGAUAUCUGUGUGUGAGAAUAUAUAUGUAUCUGAUAUAUCAAUAUAUAUUUUUAAAAAACAGACUAAAUAUUUAAGUAUACUGAACUGAACAGGAGAUUUUAAUAAUGGAGCUGACUACAACACCGCUGGUGCCAUACAAUCAAAUGACAUGGAGAUUAUUUGUUGUUGAUGUUCUUGUCACUGUUUCUGUAUGUUUCUGUAUGACUGCUAUGUUUUUUCCCACACUUCAGAGAUGUUGUAAGAAGAAUUGAACUAUGGGCAAACAGAGUUCAGAUCAUUGGGUGUAGCUGCUCCCUGUCUGUAAUCAUGUUUUAGUCAAAUUAUCAACAACCCAAUGAUCUGGUAUAUGUUUGCUCCCCAGUUAGUACUUCUGACACAAGGAAUUCAUUUCAUUCGCUCAUUUUUUUCCUCAGUAGGAAAAUGAGAUGUUGCUUUGUUUGAUACAUAUCUUUGAACCGAGUGCACUGCCUUAGCCAGUCAGGCAAUCUCUCAAAGCCUGGCAUAGAUACUGAAAUAUACACAAGAGCACUGGAUGAAAAUGAAUUUACAUUAAAUCUGAUGCUGGAAGAUCAAACUGUCCAGUGGAAGGAUGUUUACUGUGUGUUGUGUGACACAAUUUAAAGAGUGGAACUGUGGAUUUUUUUUAUGACUGGGUGUAAGAGAUGAUAAUUAAGAGCAUGCGUUAAUUCAAUAUUUCAAUAAUUCAAUAUUUGUUCACUGAGAUUGUCUACUUCUAAACAGCUAUAAACAUUGUCAGUGUUUGUCAUUUGAUGGUAUGACCAAAUGGGUUUGUCUGCUUUAGUUUUUCACUCACUCACUCAUCCUUACUCUCUAUUUCUGUCUUACUGUCUUCAUAGCUGAGUCACUGUUCAGACAACAUCUUCAGACAAAGCUGCUUCUUUUCUUCUUCCAUAAACUAUCUCACUGCACAAUUCACUGAGUAAUGUUAUUGAUAUCCACUGGCAUUACAAAACGUUAUCCAUACAGUCAUUUUGUGACCUUUACAUAGCCUAGGCUUAAAUGUUUUUUUGUUUAUUUCAGAGAUUUUUGCAUGUUGGUAAAACUAAUAAAAGUGAAGAUCUGGGCUAUAUUUGCACAUCUAUUU